AUGGCUGUGACUUUAAUGACCCUUAUUCCAAAAGACCCUUCCGAUAUUCAGUCUGACACAGGCUCCGAAUUCCAAUCACUCCGACUUCCUACGCUGAAGGAUUUCAUAUUUCUCAAAGUAUUAGGCAAAGGAAGUUUUGGCAAAGUGAUGCUCGCGGAACAAAAAGCCACGGGUGAAGUAUUCGCUGUGAAAGUGCUGAAGAAAGAGGUCAUUCUACAGGACGAAGAUGUCGAGUGCACGCUGACUGAAAGACGUAUCUUGGUCCUCGCCGCACAUCAUCCAUUCCUAACCGCCCUCUAUUGUGCCUUUCAAACAGAGGAUCGGUUGUUCUUUGUCAUGGAAUACGUAAAUGGCGGAGAUCUGAUGUUCCAAAUCCAGCGUGCUCGUCGGUUCGAUGAAGCUCGAGCGCGGUUCUACUCUGCCGAAGUUACUCUGGCCCUCAUGUUUUUACAUCAACAUCAUAUUGUCUAUCGGGAUUUGAAGUUAGACAACAUCCUCUUAGAUGCGGAAGGACACUGUAAGCUCGCGGAUUUCGGCAUGUGCAAAGAGGGCAUGACUCCGGGAAAAACGACAUCCACAUUUUGCGGCACACCAGACUAUAUCGCUCCAGAG